UUAUGCAUUUGUGCCGCCAGAUCCCCGCAGUGCAAUUAUGUGCGAGGUCAUACGCAUGUAUGUAUUCCGUACGUGUGUUGAAUCACAGUGCGGAGCCCAGGAAUAACAUGCUAUGCUAUAGGGCGGCGCGAGGUGGCUCUCCAGCACAGCGCGUGUGUAUGUGUGUGUGUCUGUAAUUGGGCUGUUUAAGUGCAUGUGUGCGCUUAGAACUUAGUGGCUGUUCACACAGUCAGACUCAUAGUGCUGUGAGGUCUGUGCUAUGGUUUCGCAUUCCAUACUGUGCAUGUGCUGCACUGCAGAUGCAAUGCUCGCAGCUCACUAGGAGAAAGCCCCGACGGCAACUGGUACACCAUUGCCCUCAGCUGCGUGUAAGCAUCAAGAGCUUCUUGUAGAUUGUUAUGCUGCCCUCGCUCUGCGCUGUGUGAGCUCCCGUCUGCUAGUACUUCGGCGUGUCAGAAUUAUUUUCUUGAAUCGUCGACGCACGAGCUCGCAGUGCACCCGAAGCGCACUGGACACCGGUUGGCGCUAAAAUAGAAAAAUAGGCAGAAAUUGUCAGCGUCUCCCGGACAAAAGUUGUCGAGAAAGUGUGCGUAUGUGCAGCUUGUAUGUACACGUUUGACAGACGGAAGAAUUCGCUAUUGACACGCUCACACGCACGCGCUCCUUCAAGCUGAUGGUAUACAACUCUUGGACAAGCUGCCGUUCCGUCGUCCGGGACUUCAGGAGGAAGCGUCUGUGCUCCCAAUACCCUGGUGGUGUUGUAUGUUCGAACGACAGAGCAUCCCGUUGUACCCUAUGCAGUUGCGUGUGUAUACGGAGAGGUCGUUUGUCAUCCCCCACCAGCAGCAGCCUCGUCUAGUUCACUCUAGAUAUGAGACAACUAGUCAUUGAUGCUUCAUCUGCCCAUCGUGGCUGCUGCUGCUGCUGCUGUCAACAACAACGAACAGGGAAUUCUACUUCGUCAUCACCGUCGUUGCUAUCACCAGUCAGAGCUGCACCAAAUCACAACGACAACAGUCAGCCGGAUUCCAGAACAGUACACGCACCAAAGAGUUGCAUACGGCUGGCAGGGAGAAAGCCGAGAGUUGGGUGAGACUCCUUUGCUAUACACACACACCAGCCCUCGGAUCAGGGGACUGGCGAAUGCUGACCAAGAUCUGAGAAUCCUGGACUCCUGGCGACUAUUUUGACGCGUCCCUGCUGCGAAAAAUCUAUAUAUACCCGCGGAGACUGUGCACGCCGUAUUGUUGUUGUCGAUAUCCAGCUGCUUCUGUUACAAUCGUCAUCACUAUUGUUACUGAAGCUAAACAUUGGUGAACCGUUAUCAGCUACUUGUGGAGAGAGCGUGUGUGUCGUUGUUCGUUGACCCACAAUCACCCCUUGCCCAGUACGGGAACACCUAGAGAGUAACAAAUCUGCCGCCACAGUUGCCGCUUAGUUGAAGCAUUCUGUGCGCCAGGGUUGAGCGGCGCGGUGACUUCCCCGGUUCAGCGCGUGGUGUUGAGUGAAGCUUUCUUCUCGCGCAGACUGAUUGAGCAGGUGAAGAAGACGACAACGACGACGACGACGACGACCUCAGUACAUCGUCACCUCCGAGCCCCGUCGCCAUCGCGAAAUAGAUCGACACCGCAUUCCUGUGCAUUCCGUCCGGGAUUCUUGGUCCUGUCACCCGCUCACUGCUCCAUACACGUUGAAGUCUCAGUGCUGCCGGUGAUUCCGCUCUGAGCUGCUUUUCUAGCGGACGACUUUGAAGUCAAACAGUACGCAGCGCUCGUGUGCGUCAGCAUCGUAUCGGUUGCACCGAGUCCCAGUGCGGAUUGGUGUGACCUGAAGACACCAGUGGAUUGUCUAGCAGUAACCGUCGAGUCUGCAGAGAACUCUCUACGUUUUCCUCUUCCGCAGCUCCACGGUGUCCUGCUGUAGACACCGACGGUAGGUCAGUGCAGUGCUGUCCUAACAGCGAAUAAACAAGACCAAGGUACGGGUGUGUGUUGUCGUGUGCUCCUGGUUUAGCAGCGUGACUCUCCCUCUCGUUCUGGCCUGCUCAGAGCCGUCGACAGAAGAGUUAUAAAGAGUCUGGAGUACCGGACGCAACCAUCAGAAGCCGAUAGUGCCCUCGGAGAGCCACCAGUGUUCCAUAACGGUUUUAGCCAUUGCAGCAUCGCUCUUAGAGAAACUGAAAGAUACACUCCAUCCAUCAACGUUCAGACACUGGAGAAGGGCACAAACAUCAGGAGUUGUGGCCGAUAGAGAAUUUUCAAGAGUAUUAUAGAAAGGAAGCGAGAACAGAUAGUGCUGUUCUCUGUGUGGUGGUGUGGCAUCAGACCUGUUUGCCUCCCUUGGCUCGGACAUCUCCACCAUCAGCACCUGUUGGAUAGACCAGAGGAGCAGCAGCAGGAGCAGCAGGCGCCGCCGCGACCAUGCGCCACUCUCUACGGACGGAGUUCUCUGCACAAGCUUUGCUUGCUGCCCUGUUAGCGUUGGCCCUAGCGGUGAGUCGGACGCGGAGUGCUACAGUGCUGACAGCGCAUGCACAGGCGGUGUCACCCUCCGACGCGCACGAAACGGCCAGAAAGAUAGCACGAGUCAUCAUGGGAGAGGAGGACUUGUCCGGGCCGAAACCAAACGGCCCCACAGAAAAAGAGUUUAGGGAGCCGGCGAGGGAAUCGAUGUCAACGCGUAAAGAACAACGGAGAAAAGAUACCAUUCUGCAGUUGAUGGAACAAAGCGAGGAGAACCUGAGCAGGAGUCGGGACGUGGAAGAGUACGACAUAACGAAAAACCGAACGGAGCAGUAUGACAUAAUACGAGCAAUUCCUAUGACGGACACUCGAAAGAAAGGUCACAACAACUGCAGUAUCAUCACGUUUGACCUGCACCAGGCCAGCCACAAGGAGAAGCUAGUGCGCGCCGAGCUGCUGCUGCACACCAAGCUGCGGGUGGGCGCGGCGAGAUCCUCCGGCAGCGGCGUUCGCAUCGUGCGCAUCUACCGCGUGGGCGAGGACGGCAGCCACCAGGAGCUGAUCACGCAGAAGGUGAUAGCGUUCAGCCCGAUGAUCCGCGACCAGGACAAGAUCCGCUGGGAGACGUUUGACGUGUUGCCGGCCGUGAAGCAGUGGAUGAAGGGCGAGCCGAAUCACGGCCUCCAGCUGGACGUGCUGGCCAACAACGAGAGCAUGAAGUGCGGCUCGCGCCGCGACGUGCACUUUGUGCGCGGUUUCAACAAGCUGAACCGGCCCGUCCUGCUGGUGUACAGCCAUGACUACUCCGAGCCGAUUCGUCGUCACGGCGACCAGCGUGUGCUGGCACCGUACGGGCGGUCUCGCCGAUCAUCGCCGUCGCAGGAACAAUCGCGGAACGCCAUCGCCGAGAACCAGAAGAGCGCCAACCCGCACGGCUGCGUGCGCCAGGAGUACAAUAUCGACUUCCGCAGCGCCGGCAUCCUGGGAAACUCUCUGAUCUCGCCGGCGAUGCUUGACAUCGGAAUCUGCAACGGCGAGUGCAUCUCGCCGGGCUCGUCCAACGGCGUGCGUCAUACCAAUCACGCGCGGUUGCAGGCGGUGCUGCACAGCAAUAAAACCCUGGAGCACAUCAUCCCCGCGCCGUGCUGCUCGCCGAACACGAUGGGCUCUAGGUCGUUUAUCUACCAUGUGCAGGGGACGGUGGUGGCGAGGAUCCGGCACGACGUCGUUGUCGAGUCGUGCGGCUGCCGGUGAUGCAUGAGGAUCCGGCACGACGUCAUCGUCGAGUCGUGUGGCAGACGGUGAUGAAAUGCAAUCGCAACGCCUAUGGUCGUUGUGAUAUGCAUUCCCGAAUUGUGAUGAUUUCGACACACCUGGCUGACUUGUGAUGAUGAUCGGAUGACAUUGACGGAGCGACUAUGAUGUCAUUGACAGAGUGACUAUGAUGACAUUGACGGAGCGACUAUGAUGUCAUUAACGGAGCGACUAUGAUGUCAUUAUCGAUUUCUUGAUCAAGGCGUUACUUGAUGGUGAUCCUGCUGAUGAUGAUGUCAUCGGACGCAGAGCAUGACUCACCAUGACCAUACAGAGCAUACGGCUAUAGAUGCAUUAUUUCAACCUUUCUGAUCAGCGCAGAAAUUCGCGCACUGUACAUGUACUACUACUACUACUACUACGCAUUGCAUCAAUCUUGAGUCUGCCAACCCUACCUCCCAAAUUCCCACAAACCAUGCACAAUACCAAUCACAAAUCUUGAGUUUGUAAAUUCGCAAACUUAUGUUGCAUCCUCUCAUUUCUGUAUGCCGACGGUGCUGGAACACAUACACACAUACACACACACGCGCACACACACACGCACGCACACACACACACACACACACACACGCACACACACACACACACACACACACACGCUAUUUUGCACUCGUGAUCACCUCCUCUCUAUGCAGACACUGAGAACGGAGGAGCUAACUGCCAGAACUGAAAUCCACACUUCUAUCUCAUAGCACAUCUGGCAUACGCGCCGGAGUUGAUUAUGAUCUAUGUGUCCAUUCACAUAACACUGCAUUGUA